CUCAUAUAUUUCCUCCCUCGCUUCAUAUCUCCUUCCUGACUGAUUGAUUUUUUUCUUUUUCAUUCCCUCCGUUGCUCUACCCCUUCCCUUUCUCUUACCCUACACCCACCCACUUUCACUCUCUCUCUCCCUCUCUCUUUCUCCUUUUCUCAUCUGUCAGUUUAAGUUCAUUGCCAGCUGAGAGAUGAAAGAGAGGAACCCCUGGCACACGCCCCUCACCAUCAUCAUCGCUGUCGUCGGGGUCAUCGCCAUCGUUGCCCUGGUGACCGUCGCCGUGCUGCAGAACAAGCCUCUCACCCCCAAGUAUAAGUAUGGAAUUGUCCUGGACGCUGGCUCCUCUCACACGGCCAUGUACAUUUACCAGUGGCCCGCGGAGAAAGACAACAACACAGGGAGGGUAGAACAGACCAACUCCUGCAAAGUCAAAGGUCCUGGUAUCUCGAGUUACGCGUCAGAUCCUAAAAUGGCGGCUCAGUCUCUGCAGGUGUGCAUGAAGGAGGCCGAGCAGUAUGUGCCCAGCGAGAGACACCAGGAGACGCCGCUGUACCUGGGAGCCACGGCCGGGAUGAGACUGCUCAAUAUUGAGAACAGCGCAGCGUCAGAUCAGGUUUUCCAGGCCGUGUCCGAGAGUCUGCAGAAGAGCCCUUUCUCGUUCCAGGGAGCGCGAAUCCUCAGCGGGCAGGAAGAGGGCGCCUUCGGGUGGGUCACCGUCAACUACCUGGACGAUCGUCUCAAACAGGGCCUGGAGACCACAGGAGCGCUGGACUUGGGCGGAGCGUCCACUCAGAUCAGUUUUAUCUCGGACACUUUCGACAGCUUAGAAUCUCCCACUAAUGCUGUCACUUUCCGUCUCUACGGCAACGACUACAACCUGUACACCCACAGCUUCCUCUGCUACGGCAAAGACCAGGUCCUCCGCAUGUCCAUCGCUCACCAGACAAAGUCAGGCCCAGGAUCCAUUUCGGACCCGUGCUUCCACAACGGCUACAAUGAGAUAAAGAACUACACAGUGGUGUACGACAGCCCGUGUGUCUCUGCUCGAAAACCCACCUCCGGUCCCGCCACCUUCACCCACUCGGGGCGAGGGAACUUCGACCAGUGUCAGGAGCUGGUCAAGAACGUCUUUGACUUCACACAGUGCAAGUACAGUCAGUGCUCCUUCAACGGGGUCUUCCAGCCAACUCUGCAGGGGCCCUUUGUAGCCUUCUCCGCGUACUUCUUCGUCAUGGACUUCCUGAACCUGACGGAUACUUCUGUUCCGCUGGAGAAAGUGAAAGAAGCUCUGGCCGGUUUCUGCGCCACGCCCUGGGACACGAUAAAGACACGGUAUCCGAGCGUUAAGCUGAAGUACUUGUCUGAGUACUGUUUCUCAGGCACGUACAUCCUCACUCUCCUCACAGAAGGAUACAACUUCACCUCAGAGACUUUCUCCAACAUCAAGUUCAUUAAAAAGAUCAAAGGCAGUGACGCCGGCUGGACUCUGGGUUACAUGUUAAACUUGACUAACAUGAUCCCGGCUGAAGCUCCGGACACGCCCCUCCUCCCCCACGCUGGCUACGUGUCCGUCAUCACCUUCAUCGCUCUGGUCCUCUUCCUCCUCUUCAUCCUCAGUCUCCGCCCCCUCUGGCCACGCUGCUCCCAAAAACCUCAGAUCGUAUAAAACCACUCCUGCACACUGUAAAACGAGACAAGUCCGCUUUACUUUAAAAUACUGAGUUGGGUACUGGUAUAAUAUUGUUUUAUUCAUUAUUUACAUUUAUUUCAGAUGAAUUGAUUACAUAACAGAACUUUAAAUCAUAUAAAUAUAUUAAAUGAUUUUUUAAAAGUUAAUUUGUGCCAGUUUUGUUUGCAACCAUGUGCAAAUCUGAACUUUGAAUCAUAACCAAAUAUUUCCAAAGAGUAGGCUUCGGACAAUUCAAAAUAAUGACUCCAAAAAAAAAAAAAAAGAAAGAAAAAAAAAGUUAGGAAAUAAAGCCACAGUAUGUAACUUUUUAGUCAAAAAUAGAAGCAUGUUCGGGUUUUCUUGGUUGUUUGUUUUGUUUGGGUUUUUUGGGGGGUUUUUUUGUAUUAUUUUGGUCACUUUUACUGGUCAAAACAUGCGUUCUUACUCUGAGCGGGCUCGCAUCUCCACAAACCUGACUCUUAUUUGACCUGGAGAAUGGCCACCUCCUGCUUGUUUCCAUGGAAAUAUUGUUCCUAUGGCUGUAAUAAACUAGUCAGGUCACUCAGUUUCAUUACUCUCCAGCGACUAGGUCAGGAAUCAGAAUACACUAGACGAAGACACCAGACUAGACUAGAACCUCGGAAGUUGUAGACCGCGCACCGGCCAAUCAGUGAAGAGCUGUGAAGCCAUGACGUCAAACUCAAGCGCCUGUCUGGUCACUUUUGUGGUACAACACAACAGUAAACAAAGCGUUUGAGAUGGAUGUAGACGAAGACAGACAUUCUGUGUUGGCAACGAUUCCCGAGAAAUGGUUAAUGAUAGUGCUUUUCCACCUUCAAGGCACUCAAAGGUAACCAGGCUGGGGCCACCUAGUGCCUCCGCUCAGUUUCAUUUCUCUCCAGCGACUAGGUCAGGAAUCUGAAUACACUAGACGGUUUUCAAGAACCUUGGAAGUGCGAGUCCAGGCACCAGCCAAUCAACAAAGAGUUAUACAUUCUGUGUUGGAAACAAUUCCCGAGAUCGAGGAUUUAAAGCUGGAAUAAAGAGAAUGUUUGGUGAAUUUUAUCAAGGGGAAAGACGUUAUUGCCCUUCUUCCUAUGAGAUUUGGGAAAAGCUUAACUCUUUCCCCCUUGGAUGCCCACUUGGAACAACUCAUACAUAUGUUAGUUUGUAUGGGUUGUAGUGGCCCACACCUAUCACAGCCUCUGUUUACAUGCGAAAAACCGAGCCAUUUGUAAUGGUCGUCAAAUCACGUCUUCAGUGAUACAGCAGAGGUGUCAAAAGACGUCAUUAAGGAAACAAGGGAGGGUCAUCAAAUGUAGUCUUCAUGGGGGAAAGAGUUAUUAUACCAGUUAGUCCUGUCAGAGGCGCAUUACAAACGUCACGACCAAAUAGCAGCGAUUGGUUAAAUAAAAAAGUACCCACCUACCGUCGAGCGAACGAAUAAGAGAUGAUUUCAUUUCGUAGAAACCGGCUGAUGAACCAGGCUAAUAAGAUACCACACUAUGGCAUAAAAUGUAUCUAUCUUCAUGGAAAAUGUAAACAAAGUAUGUUUUUUAUCCUUCUAUUUCCAUGGAAUCAUGCAGUUGUCGUACCACCUUCAGAAAGUUACAUACUGUAUCUUUACGUUAAUGCUGCUGCUGAAAUCCUAUAACUUUAUUAAAAUGUUACAACACCCUUUACUCUUUUAAAACAGAUUUUUUAAAAAAUCAUUAGUUAUUAUUAUUGAUUUAACCCAACUUAAAACAAAUAAUUAUAGUUUCAUGAUGAUUUUUAAGUUGAGCUGACUUGUAUGUUUUUACAGUGUCGUUCCUGCAUGUGAGAGGAGUGUAUGGACUUUAUUAUGACAUUCCUCCAAGAAGUGUCAAAAUAAAAGAUGUUUUAUUUCCAGACUCCAGAAUUUCAAGGUCAAAGUUCAGUGUGCAGCUGCCAGGACCGAUCCAGGGACUUUUAUUUUGAAGGACUGUUUUAUCCUGAUUUCACUGAAGGACGUUCUAUUCUGUUCUGUUCUGUUCUGUUCUGUGAGAGUGAAUGAGAGAGCGACUGUAAAUAUUGUGCGUACCCAAACCAAUGCAUGUAUGUGUUAUGAAAUAUAAUGUGAAUAAAUAAAUAAAUAAAGUAA